AUGAUGCUCAAUUCGGACCAGACAGAGAUUGACCUGCCCCCGGCACACUCCGAACCCGAGUCCGUCUUCAGCGACUGCGGUGGUGUCCACACGGGCAGCAUGGAGGAUGCCGGCGCCGUUGGCUUGUGUGCUCAGUCCCGCAUGGCUGAGCCGGGAGAAGCUGUGAAGAAGGAGCUGCAGCACCUGAGCCGGGAGGAACGUCGGCGCCGGCGCCGUGCCACAGCCAAGUACCGGACAGCGCACGCCACACGGGAGCGCAUCCGCGUCGAGGCCUUCAACAUGGCCUUUGCCGAGCUGCGGAAGCUGCUGCCCACCCUCCCGCCAGACAAGAAGCUCUCCAAGAUUGAGAUCCUGCGCCUGGCCAUCUGCUACAUCUCCUACCUGAACCAUGUGCUGGAUGUCUGA